UUUUGACCUCAAAUAUGGCGGCCAUCGACUUCCGCGGCGGCUCCGUUACUUUCCAGGUGCCGUUUUGCGUCCGUUCUUGAAUUCUUAUUCAUCCUGGCGGACAAAUAAACGUCUCCAAAGAUGCCUUUCUUCGCUGGGAAUGACACGAUCAGGGAACUUCGGACGGCUCUGUCUGAUCCUGCCGUACACGCCGACAAAAUCCGGUACCGCCAGGUUCUCCGUCGUGUGGUCUCCCUGAUGACAGAUGGAGCUGACAUGUCCCCGCUGUUCCCGGAUAUCAUCAAGGCCAGCGCCACAGCGGAUCUGGUACAGAAGAAGCUGACCUACCUGUACAUCUGCAACUAUGCUGCAGUCCAGCAAGACCUGGCACUGUUGGCGAUCAACACCCUGCAGAAAGACUGUCUAGAACCCAAUCCGAUGGUGCGUGGACUUGCUUUGAGAACCAUGUGUUCUCUCAGAAUACCCUCCUUGGUAGAAUACAUACAGUUGCCCCUUAAAAAGGGCCUUCAGGACUCUAGUGCAUAUGUCAGAAGGAAUGCUGUGAAUGGGUGUGCCAAGAUGCUUCACGUUGCUCCUGAGCUUAUCCAAGAUGCCAGCAUGAUCGACCAGUUGUACGGUAUGAUACGAGACAAGGAUCCCAUUGUGGUCGUCAACUGUCUGCAAGCGCUGGAGGAAAUCCUACAAGCAGAGGGUGGAGUUGUUGUGAACAAGAACAUCGCCCACUACUUGUUGAAUAGAGUACAGGACUUCUCAGAGUGGGGACAGUGCCAGGUUUUACACUUUCUACUGAAGUACAAACCAUCAGAGGAAGAGGAGACUUUUGACAUAAUGAACAUUGUUGAUGUCUGCUUGAAACAUAGUAACAGUGGAGUCAUCAUGGCUGCCUUGAAAUACUUCCUGUUCCUCACACAAGACAUGCCACAAAUCCAGGAGCAGGUUUACAACAGAGCUAAGAGUCCCCUACUGAACAUUAUCACCAGUGGUGGGCCAGAAUUGAGUUAUGUUGCUCUUUGUCACAUCCAGUACAUCUUAGCAACUUCCCCAGGGCUUUUCAAUAGAGACUUUAAGAAGUUCUUCUGUAGAUAUAAUGAUCCUUUAUAUGUGAAAACAAAGAAGCUAGAAGUUUUGACAGAGAUGGCCACAGAUGGGACAGAAGGUGACAUAGUUGAUGAGCUGAGUAUGUACUGUACUGAUGUGUCUACUGACCUGGCUACAGCAUCCAUACAGGCAAUAGGAAAGAUUGCCCGUAGACUCCCUACCUCUGCAGCACACUGUGUGGGUACUCUACUGAAGAUACAUGGGCUUCAACAGGAACACAUCACAUCAGCUGUACUCAUGGCCCUGAAGGACUUAGUGCUGCUGUACCCUGACAUUGUCACAAAGGUGACACCACUACUCCCCAACUGUGUGGAAUUAGUCCAGGAGGGUCCAGCCAAGGCUACAUUAGUCUGGCUGCUUGGGCAGUAUGGCCAGACUUUGCCAAAUGGACCCUACAUCCUGGAGGACAUGAUAGAGAAUGUGGCCAGUGAGAUAAGCGUGCAAGUGAAGCUGGAGCUGCUGACAGCCACUGCCAAGAUGUUCUUCAUCCGACCAGCGGAGUGCCAGGACAUGCUGGGUUGUCUCCUGGAGUACUGCAUUGAUGAGGACUCCAACAUGGCCGUACGCGACCGGGCACUGAUGUACUACAGGUUACUCCACACAGACGUGCAGCAGGCGAGGAGAGUUAUACUGGGAGCGGCCAACAGGCCAGUGCAGAUACAGGACAGCGAUGCACCUGGUCACGAGGUCAUCGACCUGAUGGACCUCAACACUCUGGUGCCCAUAUAUGGUCGUCGGAGGUGGGAUGUGAUGGUUGAGGAACAAAAAAGAAAACAAGAGCAGACCAAGCUAACGAAUGGUACAAGUAAUGAGACUCACAUGGCAGCAGAGGUGGCAGAGGCGGUGGAAGAAGACAAUUUGGAAGAGACCAUUUCUUUACUGUCUCACUGUAGCUUGACUCCUCAGGAGUUUGAAACUAAAUGGGGAGAGUUGGACUGUGUGACGACAGUGCAUCUAGACUAUGACCCAACACAGAGCCCCAAUGGUCUCCUACAGAAGUUGGAAGCAGCUCACAUCUUCACCAUGGCCAGCAGCCCAGAGGAAGCCACUCAAUGGAAGGCCUUUCUGUUUGCUGUGGCUGAAAUGAAAGAUGAGACGCACGUUGUGCUGGUGGAGCUGUGCCUGGACAGGCUAGCAGCCACCAUGCAGGCCACCUGUAAAUUUGGUGCUGACCACAUGGAGGAUGCAGUGCCACUCAUCAGCCAGUUUGGCAGGAUUCUCCGAGGGACAAUAACUAGCUUCUCUUAGCUGUGGCAGUUUCCCAGAGAUUUACUUCUGAGAAAUUUGAAAUUAGUCAAAGGCAUGACACUAUCCAAAACUAUUAACCAUCUCCAGUACUAUUAUAAAUCACUGAUGCUUUUAUGUUGAUUUUGAGACUUCUUUGAGUGUGGCACAUCACUGUAAUGCAGAAAGUGAUGUGCUUCUGUCAGUAAGAGAUUGUGUAAUUGAACUGGAAGAUACAGUAAAUCUACACUUCAGCCAUGUGUCAAUGUGUUCAUCAAUAAACUAGAAAGGCAACAUCUUUGCAAAAAUGCAAUGUUUUCCCUAUAGUCUUUGUCAAGGUACUCACAAUACUAUACCAUCAAUAUACAUCAGGCUCGCCCAAUACAAUAUAGGUGUGCAAAAACUACAUCUACGUUUUGUGGACCGAGUUAUACUAUACCAUAUGGCUUGCCCUGUAAGAACUGGGUAGCAGCAAAAAAUGUUUUACAAUAACAGCAAAUAUCUGAACUAAGCUCAGAUUGGCUAAUGGUGGAAUAAGACAGAAAAAGAACACAAAAACAGCAAAAAAAUAUGUUUUUACCUACCAGGAAAACAAUGUAGUGUUGUGGUAGAUGUAAAUACUAGUGUCAUAUCAGACUACCUUUCCUUGAUAAUGUAGAGAUGAGAAUUAGAAUGCAAUUGAAGACAAAAACUUUUACAAAUCCAUCCCAUUUAUUUUCCAUGAGAAAUCUAACUAUGUGAUACAACACAAAAUGUACAAUGUAAAACAUCCCUCAAAAGUAUCAAUGUUUUUACAUGUUUUAAUCUAGCACUGAUUUUUAAUGGCUCUUCCUGUCACCAUUUCAUAUGAAACCAGAAACAAAAG